AUCAUCUCUCUAUCAAGUAUCUAUCUACAUAGUAUCUAUAUAAUGGAGUCAAAAGAUUGAGAGUUUUACUUUUAGUUAUCAACUCUUUAUUUUGUGAGUUCUUCAGAGUCGUUUCUUACUUCGAAAACUCACUGGUUCUUUCUUACAGAAAUAGCGUUUCUCCUCAAGAAGUUCACAAAUGCUGCCACCUCAGCUGAACGUACCAAGAUCAAACCUCCAAUGUUACGGCGAGAUGGUCUACUUAUGCAGGAAGGAUCUGCUUGGGGAAUGCAGUCGUCGUGAUCUUCCCAUCGAACGGCUCAAAUCGGUGGUGACAUGGAACAUCUCCACACUCCGUCCGCUGAUAUUUGGCAUGUCUCCUUACAAUCCCGUUCUCGGCGAGACUCACCACGUCUCCAACGGUCACAUCAACGUCAUCGUCGAACAAGUAGUGCAUCAUCCUCCGGUGUCCGCACUUCAUGCGACUCACGAGAAGGAAAAGAUCGACGUGAUAUGGUGUCAAUAUUUCACUCCUAAAUUUCGUGGUGCUUACGUGGAUGUUGAGAUAAAGGGUAAAAGAGUAAUGAAGCUUCUCAAUCACAAAGAGACUUAUGAGAUGAACCAACCGAGACUAAUUAUGAGAUUCUUACCGACGCCGGGAGCUCACUGGACAGGAAAAGUCAAGAUAAAGUGUCCGGAGACCGAUCUUGAAGCUGAGAUAAAUUUGAUCUCCGAUUCAUUCAUCGAAAGGUUCAGAGGCAACAACAAUAGAUCAAUUAAAGGAAAGAUCUUUGAAUCUUCCACUGGUACUGAACUCUACAACAUUUUUGGCCAUUGGGACAGAACAGUAACGGCUAAAAAUCUAAAGACUGGUGAACUCGAGGUUAUAUACAAUGCCGAGGAGAAUAUAACAGGACUCAAACCUCCAAUAGUCAAGAAUCUUAAAGAGGUAAUGGAGAGCGAGUCAGCGAUUAUAUGGAGUGAAGUAAGUGAAGGAAUACUGAAGAAAGAUUGGGAAAGAGCAAGAGAAGCUAAGAGCCUUGUGGAGGCGAAGCAGAGAGAGUCUCUGAAAAACAGAGAGGCUUCAGGUGAGUUAUGGGUUCCUAAACACUUCUCAGUGGUCAAAGACGGUAAAGACUGGGACCUCUCACCGCUAGAGUCCACGGUUCCUCAGGCUCCACUCGUCAUCACAGAAGCAGAAGGGGAGAAAUCAUAAAUCAGUUUCAAGAUUCCAACACUCUAUGUUGAUAAUAGCUUCUUAAGUCAUAGUAUUAAAGUUAACAUAUACUUAAGCCGAUAAUGACAUGUCCGUCAAUAAGCAUAAAGGUGAUAAAUGGUGUUUUUGUCACUUCAUUUGAGGUUGAAUAUAUCAAAUAUGUCAUAUCCA